CAUCACACUUAGCUUUCUCUCAACCUUCACUUCACUUCAUACACACAUCCUGCAAACCAUCAACUCAUCAACUACUCAUUGUCUACCAUCCGGCUUUGCAAACGGAGUGUUUUCCAUUACAGGGGGUCGCGCUCACUAGGACGAGGCUGAUAUAAUACGGCCCAUCUUAUCGGGGAUAACCAAACAAAACCCCCAACACCUCCCCAUCCACACGACCCGCGCACCUCCCACCUCCAGACGAAAUUCCCUCGUCUGAGCUCGAGGUAACCGCGUCCACAUCCACGAACAAUUACGCGUCUUGCUCUCCAUCUCUCGCCAUUGCAACAUUGCAUGAUAGCCCUUACAUAGAUAGCCUCGCCUCUACCCAGCAUGGCCGCAACUCUGCUCUGCAUGGUCCCAACCGCGACGCGUUGCGACACCCCCGAGUCAACCCUGGGCCACACCAUCGCCUCAUCCAACGCGCAAUCCUCGUCCUCGACGCCGCCAACCAGCGUCGCUGACUCGACGAGCGUGGCGUCCCCGAGAUCGAAGCGCGAUGGGCCGUUGUUGUCGAUCUUCGAUGCCCACAUUGACAAUGAGUACCCCAUUGACGAUGAGUACCCCAUUGACGAUGAGUACCCCAUUGACGAAGAGCAGGAUGAGGACGAUGAACAGGAGGGUGGCAGUGGCCGACCGAGACGUGCUAGGAAGAUCACGGUGAAGGCGGUGGAUUGGGUGGAGAGCAUCACGUCGUCGGCGAAGAAGGCGCGUAGUGAGAGGGGAGGAUCUGGGACGCGACGCCGCACGGUUUCGGGCAAGACGUUGGUUAGUCCGCAUGAAGAUGGUGUUGAUUUCUCUAUGGAGACGAAUGGGGAAGAGACACGCCAAGUUGUGGAGGAUGGCAUUGAAUUGCAAUUGCCAGCCAGAAAGUUACAAAAGUCCCGGAGCACAAUGAGCCUUGGAGGAGAGAGCAUCCUGGGCAAGAAGAGUCGCUUUAUGAAAGAGGAGGCGGGGAGACGCAAGUCUGCGCGCUUCACGAACGAACCGACUGAGAGUCUUACCAAAAAACUGAGCGUGCUCGGGAAGAGAGGCCGCGACGCAAUUGACGAGGCCUCGUUCAAGAUUAAGCGCGAGCUGAGGAGGUUGGCCGAUACCAAUGAGUUUGCGAAGAUCGAGACAAAGCCUGUUGUACACGAGGUGUGGAGCUGCGGGAAGCUCGUUCCUGGCAAUGAGCCGCCCAAGAAGAAGAAGGAGAAGAAGGCCGAGGAAGCUGUCGUCGUGAACCAGGUAUGGAGCCGCGGCAAGCUUCUCACUGAGGUACAGCCAAAGAAGAAAGCCGAGGAGCCAAUUAUCAUCCACGAAGUCUGGAGCUGCGGCAAACUCGUCACCGGCAAUGAACCACCAACGAAGAUGGCCAAGAUCGAGAAGGUUAAGGAACCCGAACCCGAGCCCGUCGAGGAGGCACCCAAAGUCAAGAAAGUCAAGAAAUGGCUUAACAGAGGUCUCUACGCCGGACAAGAAGCCAUCGUAGACCUUUCACACUCCUACACGGCCAAGGAGAGAAAGGCAAUGGCAAAAGCCAACGCCGAAGUCAAGAGACGCAGCAUCCUCCCCCUCCCCCUCUGGGCAGGCCAGCGCCUCCUCCUCAACGGCCGCGAUUUCAAGCUCCCAUUUGACGUGUGCUCGCCCCUCCCGCCCGGACAGCCAAAGCCAGAUGAGUGGAGAAAGACAACAAAGAACCGCUUCAUUGGCGACGCCGCCGCUCUCUGGAAGAAAACUAAACACUUCAGCGAUUCGGACUCGCGCUGUAUCUGCUCCCCCUCCACCGGCUGCGGGGAGGACUGCUACAACCGCAUGAUGCUGUAUGAGUGCGACGACGGCAACUGUCCCCUCGGCGCUGAACUCUGCGGGAAUCGCGCAUUUGCGGACUUGCAUGAGCGUCGCGCGAAGGGGGGGAAGUACCGCGUUGGUGUGGAGGUGAUCAAGACAGAGGAUUGUGGGUAUGGAGUUAGGGCGAAUAGGUGUUUUCAGGAGGGCCAGAUUAUUGUGGAGUAUACGGGGGAGAUUAUUACGGAGCCGGAGUGUCAGAGGAGGAUGAGGGAGGAUUAUAAGAAUAACGAGUGCUACUACCUCAUGCUCUUCGACCAAAACAUGAUCAUCGACGCCACCCGCGGCUCAAUCGCCCGCUUCGUCAACCACUCCUGUGAACCAAACUGCGAGAUGGUAAAAUGGAUCGUAGGGGGUAAACCGCACAUGGCCCUCUUCGCUGGGAAGAACCCGAUCAUGACUGGGGAGGAACUCACGUAUGAUUAUAAAUUCGACCCGAUCUCUACGCGAAACGUGCAGGAAUGCCGAUGUGGAGCGGAGAGCUGCAGGGGCGUGCUGGGGCCGAGACCGAAGGAGGUAAAGAAGGCCGAGGGGGUGGUGAAGAAGGUGAAGGGGGUGGUGAAGAGGGGGAAGAGGAAGUUGAAGGAGUUGAUGGGUGGGGAUGCUGAGGUGGAGGAGAAGGUGAUUAAGAAGAGGAAGAUCCUCGUCCCCGUCGGAAAGUGGAAGGUGAAGCCCGCCAAGUCUGCGAAAUCGAAACCAGCAAAGGCAAUGGCCAAGGCUAAGAAAGCCGCCAAGAAGCUGGGAGCCCGCCGUGACGCUGCAACCACUACGUCUAAGAAAUCACCAAAGACGGCUAAAUCUCCCAAACCUGCCAAACCCAUCAAGGGCCUGAAGCAAGCGAAACUAUCGUUUGGGAACCAGCAAUUGACUGUCGUGGCUGAUGCGAGCGCGAGUUCCCCUAAGAAGGCGAAGAAAGAGACGCCGGUGAAGGCAGUGAAGGCUAAGAAGAGUGGGGUGGUGGUGGUUAAGAGACGCGGGACGAAGGUUGUGAUGAAGAAGGGGGUUAGGGGGGAGGGGAAGAAGACUAUUGCGGCGAAGAAAGCGGCUGCUGCUGCGGUUAUGGAUACAGAGGCGGCGCAGUGAAGCAUGCCGUCAAGUCAGAGGCAUUUUAUUCAUUGGAAUUGUUUAAGACGCACACAUUAUCAGGUUCAACAACAUUAGCCCUGGAGUUUUCGGAGUCUCGCCAUUUUUUCGCCAAUUUUUUUUUUGCUUUACAUGGUCGAUCGUCUCCAUACGCGCGAGGUCUUUUUUGUUUUGAAGGUGAUGAGGCAGAGGAAGGGAUGUGAUGCAUAGAUACGGAUGAGCAAGCUUGUAAGAAUUAGAAUUAGGCAACUGAACCGGGAUAGUUGGGAAGUACUGAGACUGGAGCUGGAGUGGGAAUUUGAGAUAUGUGUGUUUUUUCUGCUGGUGGUGCUGAUGGGGUUGUGAAUGCAGCGAUUUUGUAAAUGGU